UCUGUCCCGCGCGUGGCACGAGCGGAGGCGCGGGCGAGAGGCCGAGCGAGUCCGCCAACCAGGCUUCGUGAGAGAGAGGUUAUCAUUGGAAGCAAUGAGUUUAAAACCUUUCACCUACCCUUUUCCUGAGACAAGGUUUCUUCAUGCUGGACCCAAUGUGUAUAAAUUCAAAAUUAGAUAUGGCAACAACAUCAGAGAGGAAGAGGUAGAAAAUAAGGAAGUCAUCAUCCAGGAGCUGGAGGAUUCUAUUCGUGUAGUCUUGGGAAAUUUGGACAAUCUGCAGCCAUUUGCCACAGGGCACUUCAUUGUGUUUCCCUAUAAAAGCAAAUGGGAGAGUGUGUCCCACCUGAAAUUCAAACACGGGGAUGUUGUCUUGGUCCCUUAUCCAUUUGUUUUCACUCUAUAUGUGGAGAUGAAACGGUUUCACGAAAAUCUGUCACCUGGUAAACCAAUAAACAACAGUCCUCUCGGGUUGGUCCUGGCAGAGAGGAAAGCAGCAGGAGCCACGAUGAGGAAACGAAAACGCAUGGAAGUACCCAGCUCUCCCAGCAGGCCAGGACUGGACAGGGCCAAGAUGGGGACUUCCAACCAAGGGCUCAGCAAAAAGAAGCCCCUUAUGGAAACUAGGAGGAACAAGGCAAGAAAAACCCAGCAGGAAUGGCAGGAAACUCCAGCAUUUGCUAUCACUGAUGUCCAGGACCAGGAUUCUAAGUGGGGAGACAGCCCAGCAGGGAAGACUGUCCCACCAUUGCAGCAAAACAAUCCCCCUCCACCUGAAGGACCCGGAGAUCUGCAAACCAGUGGCUUCUUUGGGUUUCUAAGCUCUCUCUUCCCGUUUCGGUAUUUCUUCAGAAAGAGCACCCAGUGAGACUUCUGAGUGCAGCGGCGGGAAGGGCUCUGUCUCUUGCAGUGACUCCCCCAGUCCACCCUCUGCUUAUGACAUUCCAGUCACGGGAUCCGAGAGCCCCAACUCCCUGAGUCCUCCCGCGGGUUCGUCCAGUCAUUUGCCUCUUCACAAUGGAAUGUUUUUUCCCAAUUUAAAACACUAAGAAAAGAAUGUAACUUUCUGAAAUGCUCUAGUCUGAGAAUUUUACUGCUCCAUGGGCCAGUUAGGUCUUUCAUCUCCAGCACUUAGAUUCCUAAUGACAAUAAAUUAUUUAUGAAGAGUUAUUGACUAAAUUUAGUGAGCUAGAAAGAGGGAAAGAGAGCAAACUCUUUCCUCAAGAUAUAGGGAAACGUCCAUGCCUGAAACCUCCCCGGGGUCUCCCUGGUUACUGUCCACAGAACGCUUUGGGUGGGUGGGGUCUGAACCUGACCUCAAAUCUUUUUUUUUUUUUUU